AUGCACCAUCGCGAAGACAUAAAACAACGUGGAGAUCCAGUUAUUUUCGCAUAUGAUAUUGAAACUACAAAGAAACCCCUCAAAUUUCCUGACUCUGCCAAUGACCCCAUAAUGAUGAUAUCUUACAUGAUAAAUGGCAUGGGAUUUCUUAUCGUUAAUCGUGAUAUCGUUUCUGAAGAUAUUGAAGAAAUUGAAUAUUCACCAUCCACUCAAUACAAGGGAUUUUUUAAAAUAUUUAAUGAACCGAGUGAGCAUAUCCAAGAACAAAAGCCAACUAUAAUUGUAACAUAUAAUGGUGAUAAUUUUGAUUGGCCUUAUGUUGAAGGCAGAGCUUCGAAAUAUGGUAUCAAUAUGUAUAAAGUAAAUAAGGCUAGAAUGAAAAUUUUAAAUACUAACAGCUAUCUUCCUGUUGGUAGUCAGGGUUUAAAGUCUGUUACUCAAGCUAAAUUGGGUUAUAAUCCUGAUGAACUAGAUCCAGAAAAUCCACAUACUUUGGCACGAUAUUCUGUUUCUGAUGCAGUGGCGACGUAUUAUCUAUACACCGAAUAUAUUCAUCCGUUUAUUUUUUCACUUUGUAAUAUUAUCCCAUUAAAUCCGGAUGAUAUAUUGCGAAAAGGAACCGGGACUCUAUGUGAAGCAUUAUUAAUGGUGGAAGCAUAUCGUGCCAACAUCAUAAUGCCAAAUAAACACGAGGAAAAUGAUGAAAUGUUUUUUAAAGACCAUCUCCUCCAAGAUGAAACAUAUAUUGGUGGCCAUGUUGAUGCAUUAGAAGCAGGUGUUUUCCGGUCGGAUAUACCAGUCAGUUUCGAUAUUGAUCUUGCAGCUAUCCAGCAGCUAAUCGAUGAUAUAGACGUUGCAUUGGAGUUUGCAAUUUGGGAAACAUUCAAGGAAACAGAAAGAAAUAUUGAAUCUGCUUUUAAUAUGCGGGAUCAAUCUCUUAAACAAAGAGAGCAACCACUUGAACAAACGCCUCUAAUUUAUCAUUUAGAUGUUGCUGCCAUGUAUCCAAAUAUAAUUCUCACCAAUCGACUUCAACCCGAUUCGAUUGUCACUGAAGACGUAUGUCUUAGAUGCGAUUAUAAUGUUCCUGGAAAAAAAUGUGAUAGAAGAAUGACAUGGUCAUGGCGGGGUGAUUUUUAUCCUGCAAAGACAAAUGAAUAUAAAAUGAUUAAGAAGCAAUUAAUGUCUGAAACAUUUCCCGGAAAAAAUCCGGGAGACAAAGGACGUUCAUAUUACCUUUUAAGUCUAGAAGAACAAACAGCAAUUUUGAAAAAACGUCUUGGUGAUUAUUGUCAGACUGUAUACAAAAGAAAAAAAGAGACAGAGGUGGAGCAACGAGAGGCCAUAGUUUGUCAACGUGAAAACCCAUUUUAUGUUAAUACUGUUUUGAGUUUUCGUGAUCGGAGAUAUAAAUACAAACAUGAUGUUAAAGAAUGGAAAAAGAAGCUGGCAGAAGCAACAAAAUAUGAAGACCUUGUAAAGAUUGAAGAAGCUAAAAAAAUGAUAAUUUUAUAUGACUCUUUACAACUUGCUCACAAAUGUCUCCUUAACUCUUUUUAUGGUUAUGUUAUGCGCAAAGGAUCUCGAUGGUAUUCAAUGGAAAUGGCCGGGAUAGUAUGUGAUACAGGUGCAAAAAUUAUUCAAACUGCCAGACAAUUGAUUGAAAAGGUCGGAAGACCUCUUGAACUUGAUACAGAUGGAAUUUGGUGUGUUCUUCCUUCAACAUUUCCGGAAAAUGUUACAUUUAAAUUAUCUUCUGGAAAAACAUUUUCCAUAUCAUAUCCUUGCACAAUGUUGAAUUAUUUAGUUCAUCAAAAAUUCACCAAUGAUCAAUAUCAAAGGCUGUCUAAUAUAACAAAUGAAUAUGAGAUUGGAAAAGAGAACAGUAUAUUUUUCGAGGUUGAUGGACCAUAUAGAGCGAUGAUAUUACCUUCUUCCUUAGAAGAAAAUAAACUUUUGAAGAAACGUUAUGCUGUAUUUGCACAUGACGGUACAUUACAAGAGUUGAAAGGAUUUGAAGUGAAGCGGCGUGGCGAGCUCAAACUUUUAAAAAAUUUUCAAGAAGUCAUAUUUCAAGUUUUUCUCCGAGGGAAAACGUUACAUGAUUGUUAUGCUGAAGUUGGAAAAGUUGCAAAUGCUUUUUUGGAUGUGCUCGAACAAAAGGGUGCCACUCUCUCUGAUGAAGAGUUGAUAGAUAGUAUUAGCGAAAAGCGAGGGAUGUCACGUGCUCUGGAAGAUUAUGGAGAUCAAAAAUCUACAUCUAUUACUGCCGCCAAACGUUUGGCAGAAUUUCUGGGUACGGAAAUGGUCAAAGACAAUAAGUUGACAUGCCACUUUAUUGUAUCAGCCAAACCUUUAGGAGAAGCAAUAAGCGAACGAGUGAUUCCAAUAGCGAUAUUUUCAGCUGAGGAAAAUGUAAAGAGGCAUUAUUUACGGAAAUGGCUUAAGGAUCCUAGAAUGGAUAAUUUUGACAUUCGUAAUAUCUUAGAUUGGACUUAUUAUUAUGAACGUCUCGGAUCUGCUAUUCAAAAACUUAUUACAAUUCCCGCAACAGCACAGAAUGUUGAAAAUCCUAUUCCGCGGUUAAAGCAUCCUGAUUGGCUUCGCAAAAAAUUGGCAAUAAAUAGUGAUAAAAAUCGGCAAAGACGCAUUACUGAUAUGUUUCGAAGAACAGAUGAUAUGGUUGUGGAUGAAAUUAAUUACGAAAAUAGAACAGAAGAUAUGGUUGUGGAUGAAAUUAAUUACGAAAAUGAUGAAUCACGAAACACUGAUAAUAUUGAUACCGGAUUAUCACAUAAUGAUCCGUCAAAUGAUAUUAAUGAUAUUAAUGAUAUUGAUGAUAUCGAAGAUUUUGGAACAUCUAAUUCAAAUGUGUCUAUACCAAACUACAAAAAAAGACCAAUCGAGAAAUCAUGUUCCGACGAGCCAGCUCAAGAGGAAGAAUUGAUGGUAAUUGACGAACCGCAACAUGAUGGCGAUGACGAUACAGAGAUAGUUGAUAAUCCAUCUUCAAAACGUCAAAAAGUUGAUGAAGACAAGAAUCAAAAAACAGUUGUAACUACCAAAAAGAAGAAAGAUAAAAAUUCGGCUAAAAAGUCUACACUCGAAAACUUUUGUGGUCAAAAAAAUCGUUGGGAAAUUCUACAAAUAAGUAAUACGGACACUCCAGGGGAAUUCCGUAUGUGGGUUUUAAUAGGUCAAGCGAUACAUGCAAUUCGUCUUGCUGUUCCCAAAAAGGUUUACAUUAAUUAUAAACUACAAAAUCUUCCGGAUGAAAUAGAGAAAAUUGUUAAUGAUAAAGGAAGUAUUUCUAGAGUAAGUCGAACGUUGCCAGGGACACAUGAACGAUACAACUUAUUUGAAGUUAUAAUGCCAGAGCCUAUCUAUUGGCAGAAUCAAAAAUUGCUACUAAAUAUCUUCAACGAUCCUCUUGUUGAAGGUGUUUAUGAGACUCGAAUCACAUCACUGGACCGAGCGUUAAUAGAAAUUGGAUGUAUUAUCAGCAAAGACAGCGUAAAAUCUAAUAUUUUUAAAACAGCACCUCGAAAGGGCAUGAAUUUACAGGAUAUUAUAAAAUCGGAAGUCUUUCAUAAAACACCAUAUUUAGAAGAGUAUUCCGUUAAUUAUUUAUAUUUAUGCCAUAUCAUGUCUGGUGAUCGCCAUCUUUAUGGCUUAUUUUCUACAGUACGCAAUAAAGCGCAUAUCUUCUUGGUAGAAAAAAGCAAAGUCAAAUCACAUUUGCCACAUUUACCUAAUGCUUAUGCCAAUAUCUUGGAAAGGAUGAGAAAUGAUCCUCGAUAUGAUAAUGAGGUAUUUAAAUAUCAUCAAGAACUCAGUUUUGAAGUGUCUACACACGUCAGAGAUGAUAAAAAAACAUUUGCGAAAAAAUUAUCCAGAGAGAUUAAGGAAUAUAAAGAAGGAAGACAUGGGCCGACUAUUUUGGUAGUUCAGUCAUCAUUUACGUUAUGUAACCUAAUCGAGGAAGGGGUUAAAGCCCUUUUAGAGUUUCCUUCGAUGUAUAUAAACCUAAAUGAAAAUGAUGAUUUGCCUUCAUUGAAUUGGCAACGAUAUGCUUUUUCGCGCAUGAUAACUAAAUAUCUUAUCGUUGGACAAAUAAUCACGCAACGAAUUAAAAAGGCAAGAUACGCAAGGAUACCCCUUUGUAAUCUUAAUAAUGACAGUUCGAUUUUCAUUUCGGAUGUGUUAUUUGCUAGGAGAUUAAUUAAAAAUGACAUCAUUCUUUGGUGGUCACCUUAUCGCAAACCAGAUCAUGGAGGACGUGAACAAGAUGAAUUUUUUGAAUAUUUGCAUCUCUCUGGUGAAAUUGGAAAUUGUGGGUUUGUUAACACACCGGGAAUACACAUGAAUAUAUGUUUUGAAAUUCAACUAGAUGAUUUGUUUGUGAACACUAUUAUAGAAUCAUCAUGGAUUAAUCAAAGUGAAGGAUCAAUACAACUUUUUGGGGACGAGAUGCCCAUGCCUACAUUUUCGGUACUUAAAUCAUUGGUUAAAGAUUGGUAUACCGAGGCGUCCAAUCCACAAAACGAAAUCGCAAGUAUCCUUAUUCGUAAUUUACAAAUUUGGCUUAGUGCGGUUAAUUCAAAUUUCUAUGACCACAAUAUUUGUGGAGUUAUACAUACUCUGAUGAGCAAGGUGGUAAUGCAACUUAUUGCCGAAUUUAGAAACUCUGGUGUUGAAAUCGUUUAUAGUAACCUUUACAAGAUGAUAAUAGCAACGAAUAAGAGUGAAUUAAAUGUUGCCAAUCAAUAUCGAGAUUUUAUCUUGAGAUAUAUCAAACAAAAACCAAUAUUUCAAGCAUUGAAGAUUAUUUGUAAAAAAACUUGGGCCAAUGUGAUUUGGUUAGAUUCGAAUAAUUUUUGUGGUACAUUAUGUCACGUCGAAGAUCAGUUUGAGAACCAUUGGAAGAUUAAGAAUUAUCUUCCGCAGACUUUGUAUGAACUUUUUGAUAGCUUUGUGGAAGAGUUUGUUGAACUUUGCAAAGAAAACGUGAUGAUGGGGUCAAUCAAUUUUAAGGCGAUACGGCAUCAGUUGGAGAAAAAGAUUUAUGAUAUAGUAGCAAUGGUACAAGAGGAUUGCGGUGAAGGUUUAAAAUUCACAAAUGUGAUUUGUGCGAUUUUUCAAAGUUCAUUAGGCGAAUCCGAAACACGGAUACUCAGACAGAACUGUUGUAGGUUAUUGAAAGUGAGUCCAUAUUCUGAGGAGGCUAAAUUCAAGUUGAAUGAUCAAAAAAAAAUUGGUAAAAUCGAAUGUAGUUGUGGCCUAGUACAGCCUAUAGACGUUACGUUACCAAAAUGUAUCAAUUGUGAGGAAACAUUUCGAUUAGAACAACUAGAAUAUAGCUUAUUAGAAGCCAUAAAUGAACAAGUUGGAAGUUAUCAAGAUCAAGACCUUUAUUGUUCCAAAUGUAAUUUGCCCCAGCAAAAAAAUUUUUUUCAAGAAUGUACUUGUGGCGGAGAAUAUAAACAAACCGUUAGUAGAGAGAAGUUUAUAAGUAUAAUUAUUAGUAUCGAAAAACUUGCGAAAGAAAAUGAGAUGAAACUUUUGUUGGAAACUUGUGAAUGGUUGUUGAAUAAAUGA